CUCCAAUUAACUCACCCACCCUACUUUCCGUCAUCAUGGAAGUAGAGGCGCCUUUGGUCGUUGACAAUGGAACCGGGUUCGUCAAAGUCGGUUACGCAGGGUCCAACUUUCCCGAGCACGUGUUCGCUUCAGUCGUCGGUCGCCCAAUACUCCGUGCUGAGGAACGCGUCGGCUCUGCCAUCAUCAAGGACAUCAUGGUCGGCGACGAAGCUGCGGAGAACAGGAACUAUCUACAGAUCACGCAGCCUAUGGAGCACGGGAUCGUGAAGAACUGGGAGGACAUGAAGCUGCUGUGGGACUACACCUUUGACGAGAAGCUCAAGGUCGAUCCGCGUGGCAAGAAAGUCCUCCUCACCGAGCCGCCCAUGAACCCGAAGUCGAACAGGCAGCGGAUGUGUCAAGUCAUGUUCGAAGAGUAUGGGUUCGACGGAGUAUAUAUCGCGAUUCAGGCUGUGCUUACGUUGUAUGCGCAAGGUCUGACGACUGGUGUCGUCGUCGAUUCCGGUGAUGGCGUAACACACAUCGUGCCUGUUUAUAGCGGAUUCGCGUUGCCCCAUCUGACGCGUCGGUUGGAUAUCGCUGGACGAGACGUCACUCGCUAUCUGAUCAAGUUGCUGCUCAUGCGCGGGUAUGCAUUCAAUCGCACGGCGGACUUUGAGACUGUGCGCGAGAUCAAGGAGAAGUUGUGCUACGUCAGUUACGAUCUGGAUAUGGACACCAAACUGUCGGAGGAAACGACCACUCUCGUGGAGAGCUAUCAGCUGCCAGAUGGACGUGUCAUCAAAGUUGGGUCGGAGCGAUUCGAAGCUCCCGAAUGCAUGUUCCAGCCUCAUUUAGUCGACGUUGAGCAGCCUGGCAUGGCGGAAAUGCUAUUCCAAACUAUCCAGAAUGCUGCAGUCGAUACUCGCGCUGAGUUGUACAAGCAUAUCGUGCUGUCGGGUGGUUCCAGCAUGUAUCCCGGCCUACCCAGUCGUCUGGAGAAGGAAAUGAAGCAGCUCUAUCUCACUCGGGUGCUGAACGGCGACCCUUCACGACUCAAUAAAUUCAAGAUCCGGAUUGAAGACCCGCCUCGACGGAAACACGCUGUUUUCCUUGGCGGAGCUGUUCUUGCUGACAUCAUGAAAAGCCGGGAAGACUUCUGGAUUUCUCGGGAGGAGUGGUUCGAACAAGGUGUCCGUGCGAUGGACAAGUUGGGUAGAGGAGACAAUUGAGUUGGUCCACACUUUGUAUAACCAGUACAGUAUCCGGAAGCAAUUAAAUAAAGUUCCUCUAUCGGAGAUCUAUUUCACAUCUAUUCCGACCUCCAAAAUGAAUCCCAAGAGAUCAUCUCAGGGCAUUCAAAUCCGAUUCCACGGAUGAUGUCCUGUCCCUGGAUUAGCCGCAGUUCUCGGCCCCGCAUCCGCAGGCUCUUGCGCAGAGGAGCCGCAGCAUCUUUCUCGUCGUCAGUGACCUGUCUUUCCUCCUCCGGUAGCAAUGCAGCAUGCUCAUGCGUCAAGCGCAGCAUCGCAUGCGUCUUGGCUAAAGCAUGCGAUGCUGCACGCGACACAGCAUCCGAGGCACGUAAAACCUUUUGAGGCUCGAAAUGGGCGAGCAGCAGGGCGGAGAACAGAUCUCCCACCCCGGAAAAGUAUCCCGGCAGUUGCUGCACGAUUUGGGCGUGCACCACAGACGACUCUGCUGUGGCAGACGACGCAAUGCAGAGGAGGUAGUUCAGGUCAGAAUCGACAGCGGAUGACAGUCUUGCGGGAAGGGCUGAUUUGAGCCAGUCCGCGAGAGGAAUGGAGCUGAUCACCACGUUCGGCACUCGAUAUGUUUUGUGGAGAAUGCGCAGAGCAGAACGCAGAGACUCGAUAUCCUUCAAGGGUGUGUCUGUCAGAGUUCUAAAGUGAUAUGUUCAGUGUAUCAGGCGACAAGACACGACUCACUCGACUUCAAACCAGUUGGGAGUUAUGAUGGUAGACAGCGGUAAGAUUCUGCGGUAAAUGGGAAUGACAUCGGCAGCAACAUAAAGAUGCCCCGAGUCUCCUAGAACCGCUAAGAAUAGGCUUGAAAAAGUCUGUGAUAAUAGUGAUGAUAGCCAUACGAUCGAGCAGGUAGAUAAGAUCGGUCCUCUGCGUCUUGAGCUUUUCAACGAGAUCGGCCACAGCGGAGAUCCCUUCAGCACCCGGUACAUAGCCUGAGAUGGGUCUUCAACAUUUGUUUCAAAGGAUCAACAAAGUUCUUGGGACCUGUGAGUAGCCUGUCUGGCAGAAGAAGCUGAUUCAUCUCCAUGCCCUGGAAGAUUUGGUUCAACUCGGUUGCCGUGGUUCUUGUUCCCCCCAGGCGCCCAUAACCAGAAUGAUUCGAGAAGUUGACCGUAUUUACUACCUUUCAAACUUGUUAGAUGGCAUAUGAGAGGUCUGGAUCUCUCACAUCAACGUCGUAGCCAAGACAUUGCAGCGGGAAGACGGCAGCCUUGCCGCCAACGUAGCCAAAUACGACAUGUGACUGGAUACUGAGAACUCGAGACCCCAUUUUACGAGCGAAGGGUUCACAAAAUGAGAGCACAAGACGAGUCACU